CGUCAUAAUUCACGCAAAUCGCAAUCCACAGUUUCACAUCGUGCUGUCGCUUUGCCGGAAUUGCUCAUAUCCAAGUCGAUAUUUGUUGGUGUCGGCGACUCUGCUAUUAAUUACACACUGCAACUUUAUACCGGCGCCACGUAUUCACUAGUUCCCUCCAAACCGAACAAGGACUUGCUGAAAACGCAAUUUGUCUAUCAAUUCUGAAGUUGAAAAGGGUUUUGUUUAAUGAAAAUGGAAAAAUCACCGUCUUUGGUUAUCUCAAGUCCUAAUAUUAAAUAUACUGAUGAAUAUAUUUAUUCAGACUACGAAUAUGAAGAGACUUUGGUGACUAGAAAUGGAGAUGAAGUCACGGCUCGUCCGAUCCGCAAAACACUGAACAUCCGUACAGACCGGCGGGUAGGCAAGGUCGGUGUGAUGCUGGUGGGCUGGGGAGGUAACAACGGCUCCACUUUCACGGCUGCUGUCCUCGCCAACCGCCACCAGCUGUCGUGGAACACUAAGAAUGGGAAGAUGGAUCCUAACUGGUGGGGCUCCAUAACUCAAGCGUCGACGGUCCGCCUCGGUAUCGACGAGAAAGGCUGCGACGUUCACGUACCCAUGAGCCAUUUGUUGCCAAUGGUGCACCCUGAUGAUUUGGUGAUCGACGGCUGGGACAUCAGUCCUCUGAACUUGGCAGAGUCUAUGGUGCGCGCUAAAGUCAUAGACUUCGAUUUACAACAGAAGUUGAAGAAGGAAAUGUCUGCCAUGAAGCCAAGGCCUGCUAUAUACGAUCCUGACUUCAUUGCUGCUAAUCAGGCGGAUCGUGCGACGAACCUCAUCCGUGGCACAAAGUACGAGCAGUACCUACAAGUGCGCGCCGACAUCAAGGAUUGUCGCGACAAACACAAGCUCGACAAGAUCAUCGUGCUCUGGACUGCUAACACUGAGAGGUUCUGCGACGUGAUCCCGGGAGUGCACGACACAUCUGAGAAUCUUGAGAAGGCAUUACGCGACAACAACUCUGAAAUAUCGCCCUCCACUAUAUUCGCGCUCGCUGCUAUCGAUGAGAACUGCAUAUACAUCAACGGGUCUCCGCAAAACACGCUAGUAGCCGGCGUGGUGGAGCGCGCGGAGUUGCGCGGCGGCUUCGUGUCCGGAGACGACUUCAAGUCGGGACAGACCAAGCUCAAGUCCGUGCUCGUCGACUUCCUCGUGUCCGCUGGUCUGAAGCCGGUGUCCAUCGUGAGCUACAAUCACUUGGGCAACAAUGACGGCAAGAACCUGUCCGCUCCCAAACAGUUCCGAUCCAAAGAGAUAACGAAGAGCAACGUCGUGGAUGAUAUGGUGGAGUCCAACCAGGUCCUGUACAAGCCGGGAGAGAAGCCCGACCACGUGGUCGUCAUCAAAUACGUGCCCUAUGUCGGUGACUCAAAGCGCGCGAUGGACGAGUAUACUUCAGAGAUUCUUCUCCACGGCACCAACACCAUCGUGGUGCACAACACGUGCGAGGACUCGCUGCUGGCGGUGCCGCUCAUACUGGACCUGGUGCUGCUCGCCGAGCUGUUCGCCAGGAUCCACUUCAGGGAUGCUGAUCACUCAUAUGCGAGCAUGCACCCGGUGAUGUCGUCGCUGUCGUACCUGCUGAAGGCGCCGGCGACGCCGCCCGGGGCUCCGGUACACAACGCGCUGUUCGCGCAGCGAGCCGCCAUACACAACCUGCUCAGAGCCGCCUUAGCGCUGCCGCCUACGCACCAUCUGGGCUUGGAGCAUAAGGUACCCUUCCUCAUGAAGGACCUCCACAGCGGUGCUCUGUUCAACUCGCCGCCCAACAAGAAACAGAAGCUCGCACACGAGAAUGGCGACCAGUGAACUAUCACCCACUAUCAUACCCCUAUCAUACCCCUAUCAUACACUAUCAUAAGCCAUUAUCCCCCAUUUACUCGCACCAUCACGGCACAAAACUAUUCACGAGCAGUCUUCAUCACUUCUCUAAAUUGUCUACGUGAUCUACUAUUUUAGAAGAAAUCUUUUAUCCAAAAUGAACUGGCAACAUUGUUUUUGAAAUCCGAAUAUGGUAGGAAUUUUAUUUUUGUUAUGAUGUGGUAGUUUUUUUUUGAAAUUAUGAUUGAAGUAUAUGUUUUGGUUAUAAAAUGGAGAAAGUUCAAUUUAAAUUAUUUUUGGGUUUACCAACUUCGGGUCUGGAAUCAAACAAAAAUAAUGUUGUAAAGUUCAUAAAAAUACUAUUUAUAAAUGUUACGAAAUGUGUGCUUUCGGUGCUUCUAUUAUUUAUUAGAAAGUUUUAUUUAUUUAUUCUUGUUUCCUGCUCCGAAUAGUAUUAUUUAGUUAUGUACUUAGCACUUGCACUUUUAGUUUCAAUUAUUUUGGUUAAGUUCUGUGAUAAAGUGUGAUCAACGUUCGUACUGUUAAGACCUAUAUGCCUAUACGCAAACGGAGUUUUAUCGAAGCUAGUAUCUUUCAUAAAUACUUACAGUAUUAUAACUGAGGCUAACUCAAAGUUUCGCGGGCAUUAACUAGACAAAUUUUAAUUUAUUUUGGAUAAAAAUCGAUGUAUAUAAUACAUCAAUACUAAUGACUAGUGAUUUCCUGUGUCUUACACGGAGUUUUCGGAAUAUUUACAAAAUUAUUUGUAUCUUUCUUACCCUCGUAUCAUGUCUGACCUUUGGAGUAUAUUUACAAUAUAUAUGUAUAUUUAAAAUAUAGUAUUGUCCAUACAUUUGAGAACCAAAUAACGUGUCAAAGUUAACUUUUUUAUCAUCUAACUAUGACAUUCCAUGUCGACGUAGAAUCUCGCAUUGCAGUAUUAUAGACAUUUUAAAACUUUAAUUUAUUCAGUGCCGUAUUGUAUUAUUUAUUUUUGAAUUUCAUUGAUUAUAAUCUCAGUAUUUUUGCAGUAAGAUUACGAAUGUAUUGUACGAAAGCAUUUACUUAAGUUACUUAUUAACAGAUUUUAAGCACACGAAUCAUAUUAUAGGGUACAUUAUACUUAUGUAAGGCAGUUCAAAGCUUCAUAGAUUAUGCCUAAGAGGUCAAUGUAAAACAUUUAUUUUCUUACUUUGAAACUGUUUCAAAUGAGGAAAUAUUAAUUUCAAUUGUAUCCUGUGUGCGAUUAUGUUGAAAUAAAAUGAUUUUGUAAUGGAA